AUCGAUAACUAGUCACAUGGUUUAAAGCUUGUUCCCCAUAACCACGUUUGUUUAUUGAAUGCUUAUUGUAAACAUUCAGAUCUUCUGUUUUAAUUGUUUGAUUGUUUUAUUUUAACUUAUUAAUUAUAGUUGAAUCAAACUAAAUAUGGAUAAAGUAAUUAAACCCAAAACUGCUCGGGGUAAAAGGAAGUUACUCCAAAGGGAACCCAAAGUUAUUGAAGGUCCAAAGAAUUGUGUGUUUCUAAGAUCAUCCACAAUUAACCAGUUCACCACUGAUGUUAUGAAAGACAUUUGUACGCUUAAAAAACCUUUCACUGUUUUCCGCAAUAAACAUGGAAAUAAAUUGAUUCUCCCCUUUGAAGAUGUCUCUCCAGUGGAAUUCUUGUGUAAAAAAUAUGAGUGUCCACUUUUUGUUGUUGGAUCACAUUCAAAGAAACGAGCUAAUAACAUUGUAAUGGGCAGAACAUUUGAUAACCAAGUAUUGGACAUGUUUGAGCUUGGUAUUGAAAACUAUAAACCAAUGGCUGAGUUCAAAAUUCCAAAAAUUGCUAUUGGUAGCAAACCUCUACUUAUUUUUGGAGGAGAACAGUUUGAUGAGCAAGAAGAAUUUAAAAGAUUCCGAAAUUUUUUAAUCGAUUUUUUCGUCGGCUGUAAAUUAGACGGGUUAAGGUUAUCGGGAGUUGAGCAUGUUAUUCAAGUGGUGGCACAUGAAAGCAAAAUUCUUUUCAGAUGUUACAAAGUUCGUCUUUCACCAACAGGAACAAAAUAUUCAAAGUUAGAAUUGGAAGAAAUGGGACCAAGAAUUGACUUUAGUUUACGGCGAUCUAAACUGGCUUCAGAUGAUUUAUUGAAAAAAUCUCUCAAAAAACCUGCAGAGGUCAGAAUCAAGAAGGUCAAAAACAUCAAGAAAUCUAAACUUGGAACAACAUUUGGAAGAAUCCAUAUGACUCGACAAGAUUACUCAGGAUUACAAACUAGAAAGAUGAAGGGUUUAAAAAAGACAGCUGCAACCUCUUAAGUGAUAUAAAAUUGCUUAAUAUGACUUCCCAUGUUCGAUUUCGGGUUUUUGAACCCGCUUGUAUUGUAAAGGGUGUUCAAUGUAAUUACUUCCAAACUGGCGGAGCUUAAAUUUUGAUAAUCACAAUCAAAAACAUGAUAAGUCCGAUCAAAAUAACAAAGGUAAAGGAUGAAAGGUAAAAUGUUACUCUAUUUAUCUUUCUUGCAUGAAGUAAUUACAUUGAACACCCUUUAAGUUAUUUUGUUUAAAAUAAAAUUAAUCUUCUAAGCUGAAGUAAAACUUAUGGAAUGGGUAUUAUUAAACCACUGUCAUGAGCAGUUAUGCGAAUUAAA